AUGUCUCGUGGUGGUACAACACUCUAUGUUACCGGCUUCGGAGCUGGCAUCCGUGCUCGCGAUCUUGCCUACGAAUUCGAACGCUAUGGUCGUUUGGUCCGCUGUGAUAUUCCAGCUCCUCGAACUGCCGCAUCUCGUCUGUUUGCCUUCGUUGAGUAUGAGUCCCGCCGCGAUGCCGACGACGCCUACCAUGAGAUGCACAACAAGCGUGUCGGUCGGGAUGACCUAUUGAAGAUUGAAUGGGCCCGCACACCUCCCUCGGCUUCUUGGCGAUUCGAUACUGGUGAAGACCGUCAAGCCCGUCGUGAUGGUGGCAGAGAUAGCGGCAGAGAACGUGUUGGAGCUAGCCGCCGUUCUCCUCGUCGUCGUUCAACCUCUCCCCGACGCGGCCGUUGCGACUACUCUCCCCGUAAAGACGACCGUGAUCGCCGAGAUCGUGAUCGUGAUUACGACAGACGAGACCGUGACCGAAACGAUCGCUCACGUAGCCCAGAUGAUAGGGAUCGCGAGAUGAAGGAUGAACAUGAUGACGUCCGAGAACCCGGUGCCAAUGGAGAUGACAGGAAAGUUACCAUGGAUUCUCCUCCUCCAGCGCAUGAUGAACUGGACACCGCCGAGUAA